GCCCCGACCCACUUCGCACGACCUCAUAGCUUAUCUCGUAGCUGACAAGAAGAAUGCUGCACGCGACUCAGCAGCGCGCGGUCGCUGGCCGUCGCCCGUUCUCGGGUGCGCGCGCGUCGAACCGCGUUGUUGCUCACGCGGCUGCGACCGUCGCCACCAGUCUGCCGACCGUUGACGUCCAGUUCCACCAGCCUAAGCUGGCGGGCGUGACCAACGAGCAGCAGUUCAAGGCGGUAAUCAAGGGGCUGGUCGCUCAGGGCAAGUUCCCUCCGCAGCUGGAGCCCGCUUGGGAUUACUUCUAUGACAACUACAAGAAGGCUGUCACCAGCAGUGGCGUCGCUGGGGCCGAUGAGAAGCUUGUCACCCAGGUGCAAGCCAGCAUUCUGGACAAUGUCCUGAACCAGGCGGUGAACCCCUACACCUUCCCCUCUUUCCACACCCGCCUAAUUGAGCCCUACAACUACUAUGACUUCGGUCAGCGCUACGUCGCGACCCUCAUCGACUUCCAGAACUCCGUGCUGGGUUUCCGCGAGCGUUUCGACCGCGUUCAGGAGCUGCUGGACCAGAAGCACAACGUUGUUAUCCUCGCGAACCACCAGACGGAGGCCGACCCCGGUGUGUUUGCCCAUAUGCUGGCGAAGACGCACCCUAAGCUGGCGACGGAUGUGAUCUACGUCGCUGGCGACCGCGUUGUCACCGAUCCGAUGUGCAAGCCCUUCUCCAUGGGCCGCAACCUCUUCUGCGUGCACUCCAAGAAGCACAUGGACGACGCUCCGGAGCUGAAGGCCGCAAAGAUGGAGACCAACCGCAAGACGCUGGUCGCCAUGCAACGCAAGCUGAACGAGGGCGGCACGCUCAUGUGGAUCGCCCCCAGCGGCGGCCGCGACCGCCCCAACGCCAACGACGAGUGGGUGCCCGAUAACUUUGAUCCCGCCGCCGUGGAGCUGAUGCGCAACCUGGUGCAGCGCGCCAAGCAGCCGGGCCACCUGAUGCCCAUGUCCAUGUUCAGCUACCCCAUGAUGCCGCCGCCCAAGACCGUGGACAAGUCCAUUGGCGAGCGCCGCCUCACGGCCUUCACGGGCGUGGGCAUCUCCCUGUGCGAGGAGCUGGACGUGGCGGCCAUCAUCGCGGCCAGCGGCUCGGAGGAGAAGGAGGUGCAGCAGAAGGCUCUGGCCAAGGCCGCGCACGACGCGGUGAAGGAGUCGUACGCGGUGCUGUCCAAGGCCAUCCAGGAUCCCGCCUUCCGCGCCACCCGCAAGGAGUUCACACAGCCCUGGAUGGCGUAAGGAGGCGGGAGCAGCAGCGGCAGUGGCGGCAGCGACAGCAGUGGCGGAUCUUGGGGGCACGAGGCAGCAGCUAGCACACGCGGGGCCGGUGGCGGCAGCGGACGGGAGAGGUGCUGGUGCGGAUGCUGGUGCCAGGAGCAGUGCGUCUAUGCCUGGCGGCGGCGCCGACCGGUGCUGAAGCUGUUGUCGGCAGCAGCAGCGGGAACUUGCGCUGGCGAUGGCUGAAGGUGAUGUGGCUGGCCGUACAGCAAAUGCUGCUGUCACGCAUUGUCAGCGGCGGCCGCUGGGUCCGCUGGGAUGUGAGGAGUGCGAGAUCAGCAUAGGCCAGGCGGGUGGGUUGCGGUGCCGCUGCCGACACGUCGCACAGGAAGGAGCAGGAAGGGUGCGGCUGAGCACCAGGGUCACUUGGGGCCUGUGUUAGCGUGACCGGGCCUGAAAGGGGUAUUUGUCUGGGGAGCAGCUCGACGCACAUUCGUGGGAUUGCUUAGGAAGGAGCGUUGGGAUGGCUGUGCCGCGCGGUGUGCCCAGCACGUUGACUGGCUCUGACCCGGGUCAACCAAUGCGUUGCGGCCGUUGCAACGAUGCUUCUAAUCAGCGUGAGAUGGAGUGUACGAAUGCAGGUAUGACGAUGACCAUAGACGAGUGUGAGCGUGUGUAUCUGUGGAUUGGACACGGUUCAUUCAAUCCAUUCGUACCGGACAUAUGACUAUACAAGACCGUGUGGAGUGUGUUUGUGCGCUCAAGACUGGACGAAGUGGGCGCUCCCGAUGUGGAGCGCGGUGCUCGCGGGUUGUGUGUCUUGCCGCAACGCAAGCAGCGUGGCGUGGUGUGGAUGAUUCUUGCAUUAUGACUGGGGUUUUACCGGCGGCCCAGAGCGUGUGUGGAGCAAAAGCAAAAACAGGAACAAGGAGCCGUGUGCACAAUUCGCGCGGAUGGUGGUGGCUGGGGAUCUGACAGGAGAGUGCCAACGGCGGCCGGGUGCUAGUGCUUGAACAUCAUGUGAUAUUGUGAUUGUACAAAUG